CAAGCCUUUCUGCGGUGACGUCAAAAUGACGUCAUUGUAGCCUGCAUGGAUAUAGAGGGCGCUAAAACUUUAGAAAUCGAAAGUGACGCCAUACAGUUGCCAUAUUUAUUUUGACGCGUGUUGUAACGUGUGUGCACGUGUACUACGCACAAAGCAAGCGUGAACAAAUCCAGAAGAGGACGAAUGGUCUGUUUUCAUUAGUGGUGUGAUUAUUUGGCGGUUUAAUUGUGCCUGGAAACACGAAGAAAAUGAAUUCAUUAAAGUAUUCUGUCAUAGAGUUUGUGCCUCAAGCUGAAAGUGAUGAAGAAGAAAUCCUUGUAGAAGUUGUACCAACCAAGUGGAUUAGCGAGGACAGACAGUUUUGUUAUUAUCCGCCACGUUUCAUGAAGGGGAAAUGUAUGAAGAUGGUGAUGAGUCUGGUGGAUUAUGAUUCAUCCACAUGGGAACUGCUGCCCAUUAUAUUUCAUCAUAGUUAUUCCACUUUCAAUGUUGCCCGAAAAGCUAGAAAUAAAGCUGUUAAAGAGGACACAAUUGUUGCAACAGAUGUUGAGACAGACUACAAUCAACCACGCAAGAGAAAGCCGCCUGAACAUCUAACAUUUUCAUCAGAUUCUGAGUCAGUUGAAGAAUCAAAAAAGAAGAAACUUAAUAUUCCAAAACACAAUAUUCCAAAACCUAGUUCAAUUCUGUCUUCAAAGCUCAAGGAAUUAUUUGAGAGUAGCAAAGCCAAGAAUUCAGCUAAGUCUACGAAUGAAUAUUUUGCUAAUUCAAAUCUUUCAUCUACAUCAUCAAAGAAAAAUACAACUCUUGUUCGUCGAUUAUCGCAGGAAAAGUCUACACAAUCUGAAUCUAUUAAUAAAGAAAACUUGUCUGACAAUGAAAUGUCAUCAACUUUGAGAUCUCCAAAUUCUUCUUACAAUUUUGAUUUAUCUGAAAAGGCUUCCACUUUUGAGCAAUCUCCAGAAUCUCAAGAUAUACUUACAAAAUCUGAUUACGAUAGUGUGAGACAAAUAAAUAAAAAAAAAAUUCUCGAAACAGAUCUACAUCAUUAAAAAGGUUUUUAGAAGGUUCACAGUCUUCACCAGAACUAGCUAGCAGUAAACCUCAAGAUCAAUUAAUCCUGAAUUACAUGCAAGAAUUGUCAACGAAGAUAGAUUGGCUGCACAUUAAGAUUUCUCAAACUUUGAACGAAUUGUUCCCCAAUAAUGACGCUUUUGAUCAGCCUGAAGGAUUUCCCUCCUUGCCAUUGGAAACUGAGGAAUCUUUUGUAAACUUUGAUGAACAAUUAAAUAAUAAAG